AUGGCGUGGAAGGGGGGAGACUCUUUAAAGUGCGUCAGAGGGAGGCGAGCGCCUGGGAACCCGGAGGCCUGGAUCCGGGCCGAGAAUGGAACGGAGUCGGCGCCGCUGCCUCGGCUGUGCCUCCUGCGCCUGCCGGGCUGCCGGCCUCUCCGCGCCGUCGCCGCGCACUCCCCGCUCACUCGCUCCCGCGGCGCCCACGGCGGCUUCUCCUUCUCCGCUUUCGCCUCCUCCUCUUCCUUCGGCUUCUCCUCCUCCUCCUCCUCCUCUUCCUCCACCUCUUUCCCCACCUACUCCCCCCUCAGCUACCGCCUCCUCCUCUACCACUACCAUACCCUCCGGGGCACCCCGAUCCCUGCAGAGUCCCCGGCCCGGCCAGCGCUGCCUCCUCUGCGGCCCCCGGAUCCCGAGCCUGCUGAGCCCGAGCUGGUAGGACCGAGACACCGACACCCAGAUUCCUCUUGCCUAGCGUUCUGCCUUGGUGACUCCCUCGCAUACGGGGAUCUGGGAUGGCCCCGGGAGCAUCGCGAGGCUUUAAAGGGCCUCUGGAACGUUCAAGUCUUGCAUAUGAAGAUUCGUUUCAAUUUCCAAAUUGCCUCUAAAUGCCUACGUUGGAAAAUGACACUUUAAGUUGUCUUCUGUGUCUGAGACAGAACACUUAGACUUACGCUUUCUGGACCAAGUGCCAAAUCCUUAGGGCUUGCCGUGAACGUGGAGAAGAAUGCCCUCCAGUGUAUUUACGAAAUGUGUGUCUCCCCCGCCAAGCUCAUUGGAGUCUGACCUCUAUAAGAGAUCAUCUGCUAACUCCAUUACUCCAAAAGGGAGCUGGUCAUUUGGAAUCUUUACAUCCAUCCAAAGACACGUGGGCAUUUGGGGAACUGGGUUGGUGCAAGCACUGGUGGUGGUGACACCAGCAUUCAAAGAAACGUUGUGUGCCUCCCCUCCUCAGGCUCCCUGUACUGAGCUGGUGCUUGGGUGAUACCGAGCUCCAGACCCAUGGAUAUGUCAGAAGAUGACGUUCUACGUAAUAAAUGUGAUCUAUAAUAUAGCAUAUAUAUGGUCGGUUCGUAUUAUAUAUUAUUUAGCUUGUAAUAUGUAUUAUGUGGUUUCAUCAUAUUAUGAACUGUUUAACAUAUAUUUAACAUCUACUUCUUAUAUUUAUUAGAUUGUUAACGCAUACUAACGCAUACAAUACAUGCGUGAUGUAUUUUCUGUUGUAUACAGCUGUGG